CGGCGCUGUGCUCAGCCCGAGACCGCGAGGGGAGCAGCGGGGCUUCUGGGCCCGUCCCAGCGCCGAGAGGUUGCUUUAAGUGGCCGCCGCCACUGCCCGCCGUUCCCCUCAGCCUCCACAGCCAGCGGAAGAGAAUGGCCCAAGCUACGGUAGCAGCAACGUCCAUGCAUGAUGAAGACCCAUCUGAAAGCAGGAUGGUGGUCACGUUCCUCGUGUCAGCGCUGGAGUCCAUGUGUAAAGAACUUGCCAAGUCCAAGGCAGAAGUUGCCUGCAUCGCUGUCUAUGAAACAGACGUCUUUGUAGUUGGAACUGAGAGGGGAAGAGCCUUUGUUGAUUCCAGGAAAGAUUUUCAGAAGGAUUUUGUUAAAUACUGUGUUGUAGAAGGGGAGAGGGCUGCAGAGCUGCAGGAAACGAAGUAUGUACCGCCUGCCAACAGGCUGACAGUGGAUGCCAUGGAACUGGAAGCUCUCAGGAAGUCUGUAGAGGACUACUUCUGCUUUUGCUAUGGUAAAGCUUUAGGAAAGUCAACGGUGGUCCCGGUGCCGUAUGAGAAGAUUCAGAGAGACCAAUCUGCUGUGGUGGUGCAGGGCCUGCCCGAGGGGCUUGCGUUCAUGCAUCCGGAAAAUUACGAUGUUUCAACCCUGAAGUGGAUUUUGGAAAACAAGUCAGGGAUCUCAUUUAUCAUCAAAAGGCCUUUCCUAGAGCCGAAGAAAGAGUUAGGAGCUCAUGUGACAGAUCCUUCACAAUCAAUUAUACCUCCAGGUGGAAGUUGCCUUCCUGUUCAAGUGAAAACGGAGCCUACUGAGGAUCCUGGAAUUCCUUUGGAAAUGUCAACAGUGACAGUGAAGGAAGAAUCAGAGGAUCCUGAUUACUAUCGAUACAAUAUUCAAGGAGGCCCUUCUGAAACAUCAGAGAUGGAUGAAAGAAUUGCUCUGGCCAAAAGUUACACAGAUUCCUCCCAGCAUCCUCCUUCAGAAACACGUGAGGAUCCCGAGGUCGAGGUCACCCUGGAAGAUGAUGAAGACUACUUGCCCCCUAACAAGAGAUCGAAGAACACUGAGGCAGCACCUGAAGCUGCCAGUACUGGGAAAAGAAAAGCGAGAGAGUUCAAUUUUGAUAAAUGGAACGCACGAAUUACAGACUUGAGAAGGCAAGUGGAAGAACUGUUUGAGAAAAAAUAUGCUCAGGCCAUAAAAGCAAAGGGCCCCGUGUCCGUGCCGUACGCCCUCUUCCAGUCCCACGUGGAAGACCUCUAUGUGGAAGGCCUGCCGGAGGGCAUUCCCUUCAGACGGCCGUCCACGUACGGCAUUCCUCGUCUGGAGAGGAUUCUCGUAGCGAAGGAGCGGAUCCGCUUUGUGAUUAAAAAGCACGAGCUUUUGAAUUCAACGCAAGAAGAUGCACCAGUGGACAAACCAGCUGCAGGAGUGAAGGAGGAGUGGUAUGCCAAAAUCAACAAACUGAGAAAGACGGUAGAUCAGCUCUUCUGUAAGAAGUUUGCUGAGGCCUUGGGGAGCACUGAGCCUAAAGCUGUUCCAUACCAGAAAUUCGAGGUCCAUUCUGCUGACCUCUACGUUGAAGGUCUACCUGAGAACAUUCCUUUUAGGAGUCCAUCCUGGUAUGGGAUCCCUCGCCUCGAAAAAAUAAUUCAAGUGGGCAACAGAAUAAAAUUUGUAAUCAAAAGGCCAGAGCUGCUAACUCUCAGUUCACCUGAAGUUACUCAACCUGGGACAGCCACACCAGGCAAGACAGCCAAAGAAGAUUGGAAUGUCAGGAUCACAAAGCUAAGAAAGCAAGUAGAAGAGAUAUUUAAUAUGAAAUUUGCUUUAGCUCUGGGGCUUUCAGAGGCAGUGAAAGUUCCCUAUCCUGUAUUUGAAUCAAACCCUGAGUACUUGUAUGUGGAAGGCUUGCCAGAAGGAAUUCCCUUCCGGAGUCCCACGUGGUUUGGGAUUCCACGCCUGGAAAGAAUUGUCCGCGGGAGCAACAAGAUCAAAUUUGUUGUUAAGAAGCCUGAGCUUGUCGCCUCCUAUUUGCCAUCAAGACUGGCUAGUCAAUUAAACACUAAAGCAGCAAAUCCAAAGAGUUCGAAAAGGUUACAGAGUCCUGCAAGCAAUUUACAGGUUCCAGAGAUAGAAGUUACUGUUGAAGAAGGUCCUAAUAAAGCACAAACAGCAGAUGUUCAAACUAAUUCUCAAACCAAUGGGUCCAGUCUGAGUUUCAAGCCAAGAGGAAGAGAUUUUUCUUUUGAGGCGUGGAAUGCCAAAAUCACUGAUCUAAAGCAGAAAGUUGAGAAUCUUUUUAAUGAAAAAUGUGGGGAAGCACUGGGGCUGAGUGAGCCAGUGAAGGUACCGUUUGCGUUGUUCGAAUCCUUCCCAGAGGUUUUCUAUGUGGAAGGCCUACCAGAUGGAGUGCCCUUCCGACGACCUUCUACCUUCGGAAUUCCGAGGCUAGAGAAGAUUCUGAGAAACAAAUCUAAGAUAAAAUUCGUUAUUAAAAAGCCUGAGAUGUUUGAGGCGGCGGUGAAGGAGAGUUCUGCUAAAAGUCCCCAGAGAAAAAAUAAUCCAUCUAAUACAGCCAAUACAGCAAGCACUACAGCAAAUACAGCAGUGAACACAGCAGCAGGAGUUGAAGAUCUUAACAUCAUUCAAGUAACUUUGCUAGAGGAUGAAAGUGAAAGACUUUCAAAGGUGGAGAAGGCCAGACAACUGAGAGAGCAAGUGAAUGAUCUCUUCAGCAGGAAAUUUGGUGAAGCCAUCGGUAUGAAUUUCCCUGUGAAAGUCCCAUACAGAAAAAUCACAAUCAACCCCGGCUGCGUGGUGGUGGAUGGGAUGCCUCCUGGAGUGUCAUUUAAAGCUCCCAGUUACCUGGAGAUCAGCUCCAUGAGGAAGAUUUUGGAAUCAUCAGAGUUCAUCAAAUUUACUGUCAUCCGACCAUUUCCAGGACUUGUGAUGAACAACCAGCUAAUGGAGAAAACUGAAGCAGAAGCAGCACCAGCAGCAGCAGCAGCACCCACAGUACCAGAGCCAGCUGAACCCAGGCAAACAGAGGUAUCUUCAGGAGAUGUUACAGAAACAGAAGAAAGUUGUCAAAUAAAGCAAGAACCAGAGCCAACGUGGUAGAGCUCAUCCCUACUGCGCCAGAAGCACCCAGAGCUGAGAAGAGCUUGCCAGGACUGUGCUGAGCUGUGUGAUGUAACUGUAUAAGAGAAGUACCUUCUGUACAAACCCUUUUGUACUUUGAGAUAGAAAUGUCUACUUUUUCAGCAGUUCUGUGAAUUGACUUCAUGUGAAGAAUGACUGCAGGUUUGGAAUGGCUGGUUUUGCUCUGGAAUAUAUGAUAAGGACUGAAUUUGUUGCAGCAAUACUGGGGAGAUGAUAAGGAUUCAAACGAACGGGGACUUAACAGAGGCCAUCUACUUUUCCCAAUGAAGCUGAAUUCCACUGUGCCUGAAUAUAUCUCAGCUUCUGUAAUGAAGAAACAGUGCAAGUAGCUCCGUUUGUUGGUUUCACUUUGGAGAAAACAGAUCACUGAUUUUUUUGGUUCUUACUCCUUUCAUGGCUGAUAGGUCAGUGGUAUGUGUAUAUUUGCACUAAUUUUUCCUACAUCUGCCACAACUCAUUUGUUUCUCAUAAAUAAAAGGUAAACUGGUUCACUUGAGUGUUAGUAUGCACUAAUGAGAUGGGCAGUAUAUCAGUUUGUGGACUAGGAACCCUUUUAAAUUUAAUCCUUUUAUAGUUUGCUCCAUUAAUUGGAAGUAAUAAGUGCAUGUUUUAUCAGAGUAUCACGUGGGAUUUGUAUGAUGGGUCUGCUCUGGCAGCCCUAAUUUAGGCAAAACAGAGUGAGUUUUUCUCCUGCAGGCUGUGGGUAAUGCCCUGCUGUUCAUCCAGAGCUACCUACAGAAUCCUGCAUCACAAGCUGCUGUAAGCCCUGAUGUCUCAGAACUUAAAUCUCCCAUAGUCCUGUUUAUGCCCCACAUCAUGUGAGAGUCUCAUGUAUUCAUUUCUUGAAGUUUCACAACCCGUGAGAGUUGUAGAAUUCUGGCUCGAGGAGGUUGGGAUGACUGCAUGAUGCACAAAUGCUCGACCUUAUUCCCUCAUUAAGAAAUAAAGAUAUUUCUGAUGGUUUUUUGUGACUGUCCAUAUAUGUUCACAUAGCAGUAACUUUGUAGGCAGCUAGAAUAUGCUACAGCAUAGAUACUACAGUGAAGAACUGAGUUCCUGUUCCACCCUUUGGACAAGGAAAGCAGCUCUGGGUGGUGCAUCUGCAAGGACAAUUUUGAAGACCUGUGUGCAGUUGGAUGUAGUGUCUGUCCUGAGGAACAUCGACAGGAGGAACUCUGCAGACAGGUUCCAUGCUGUGGGUGUAAGGCAGGGAGAGGGCUGUAGCUCAUGUGCUGGCACGAUUGCUCCAUGUAGGUCUAAGUGCUCCUGCUUCAUGAUGUUUGGAGGCAUUGUAAGUAUCUGGCUGUCAUUGUGGUGGCAGUGGGGCCAGGGAUGGCUCUGUGCUGAGCUGUGCUGACAGCAGGUGAUGGAUGCAGUGCUGCCCUGUGUCAGCCCCACAGCAGUGAGCCCAAUGGAUUUUUUUACCUGGUGACUCAGUGAUGUGGGCACUCUCCCAGCUCAUAGCCACUGACAUAUUUCACUUCAGUGGACCUCUGUAGAUAAGUUGUAACAGAAUGACAGCCAGUUUCACAAUUGCUGCCAGACGUUUUUAGGGUGGGGAAAUGAAGUUAACACAGCUUUUCAUGCGUUUUCAGCUUCCCUUUUCGAGAAAGCAGAAGGGAGGGCCAUCCCUCCUUCACUAUCAUUGCCCUUGGGGCAGCACUCCUUGCCUUGUCUGCCCAGCAGGGCUCUGUGCUGCUCAUAUGGAGUUGGUGCUAACGUGAGUCGAGCGGGGCAUUAUAAUGAAGGAACUGUAAAAACAGUUCAGGCUGCUGCCUGGUGCGGAUGUCCUGGAAAUGCAUCACACCCUGGGCAUAUGAGAGCUUGGAAAAGUGAAGUGAAAACUGAUGAUGGUGGUUUUACUGGAAAUGCUGAAGGCUGGGAUUGGGUCCAUCCCUAUGGCAGAUCUCAUUAGUGUUGGGGUGCACAUCAGCAGUGCUCUUUUGAUUCUUUCUGAUGGCUCUUUUGAUGGUCUCGGGCAUUUUGAGUGAUAAGCAGUAGGGAUAAAUUAAACUGUCAAAGUAAUUGCACUGAUAUUUAUACCUUCCAAAUACCAAUUUUAUAUUGAAAAUGAUCUAUGUAUAUAGUAGGCAGCAGACUUUUAAGGUGUUGACCGUGUAUGAAAAUCUGAUUCAUUUCUGAACUAGUAAUACAUGAGGUGUUCCACUCUUUGGGCACUGAGUGAUAAUGCCUUAAAAAGCCUUGGCUGUACUGAUAAAUGAGGAAAUAAAUACAAUUGUAACACCUUA